UUCACCGCUACCGCAGCCACAACAUGCUGUGCACCCCCGCUUCGGCACUACGAUGCGGAGGUGGAAACCUGGACGGAGUGGUCACGCCAGCUUGGAUUUCAUCUCGCCGCGUACAGAAUUCAAGGUUCAGCUCUUCAAAAGAUACCAACAAUAAGAAAUACAGAGGGUGUAGCAGGUCCAUCCCUCAUUACAGCAUGUGCCCUACAGCAGAGCACGACAAAUCUUCUGCUUUCAGGCUCAACUCCUACGAUUCAGCCAAUAGUAAAACGGGCCGAGGUGGCAUCUGGUCCGUCACUCGCUACAUCGUACGUGCUGAAACACUGCCCGAGGAAUAGCUCAACUUCCACAACCCAACCAAUACCAAAACAGGCUCUGGUGGUGCCACAUCCAUCCGUCAGUACAGAGCGUGUGUUGCUACACAGCUCAACAAAUGGUGAUUUU